UGAAAACGCUGGAAUUGACAUUUAUGUUGUUUUGACUAAAUUUAAGAUUUUGGACUUUAAAUGGUGUGUGAAUUAUGUAAAAAAAUCAUCAUUUAGAAAAUAGGUACCUAGUUUAUAAAAUUUGUGUUCAGUUGUGAAGAUGAGAAUUGCUCAAAAACGAAUAUAGCGUUUAUCGUCGUCCCAUCAUGGAUCGCAAUAUACAAGCCGUUCAACACGGUCUGCCCGUAUCGGUGCUCGAUGCCGCUCACGCAAACGAAUAUUUCGAACAAUUCGUCAACGCUACCAGCUUGAAAAACAUUUUAGGUUAUUAUCGAGGUCUCAUAGAUUGCCUCCAUUUGAGACCGAACGUAUUCAAUUUGUUUUAUCCAAAAUUGAAAGCUAAUUUGGUUUCGUGGCGAGCUAAGGCGCUUUUGAAAAAGUUCGACGCUAGGGCGUCGCAUAAAUGUUAUCAAAAAGGUAAAUUGGCGGCUAACACCAAAGUUUUGGUGAUAGGGGGAGGACCGUGCGGUAUGAGGACUGCUAUUGAAGCACAGCUGUUGGGUGCCAAAGUGGUUGUAGUGGAAAAAAGGGACAGAUUUUCAAGAAAUAACGUCCUGCAUUUAUGGCCUUUCGUGAUAGAAGAUCUGAGGAUGCUCGGAGCGAAGAAAUUUUUCGGAAAAUUUUGCGCCGGGGCCAUCGACCACGUCAGCAUCAGGCAGUUGCAGUGCAUUUUAUUGAAAGUGGCCCUUCUUUUGGGAGUCGAAGUGCACACCGAAGUCAGUUUUGAGGCUCUAAUAGAACCGAAUGCUACAGACAAGAUAGGUUGGAGGGCUGAAUUCAAGCCAGCCAAUCACCCGGUAUCCCAAUACGAAUUCGACGUCGUGAUAGGCGCAGACGGUAAACGUAACACCCUCCAGGGAUUCACCAGAAAAGAAUUUAGGGGAAAGUUGGCGAUAGCGAUAACCGCCAAUUUUAUUAAUAGAAAAACGGAAGCGGAAGCUCGAGUAGAAGAGAUCAGCGGCGUAGCUUUUAUAUUUAACCAAAAGUUUUUCAAGGAUCUGCAAGCAGCGACCAGAAUCGAUUUAGAAAAUAUCGUUUAUUACAAAGACGAUACCCAUUAUUUCGUCAUGACCGCCAAGAAGCACAGUCUGAUCGAAAAGGGCGUCAUCAAACAAGAUUACGCCGAUACCGAAAAACUAUUGGCGCCCGAAAACGUCGAUAAAGAAGCCCUCCAACAAUACGCGAUCGAAGCCGCCAGUUUCAGCACCAAUUAUCAAUUGCCCAACUUGGAAUUCGCCGUCAACCAUUACGGUCAACCGGACAUAGCCAUGUUCGAUUUCACGUCCAUGUACGCUGCUGAAAACGCCUCCAAAGUAGUCGAAAGAAACGGAUACAAAUUGUUGAAGAUAUUAGUUGGGGAUAGUUUAUUGGAGCCGUUCUGGCCGACCGGUUCGGGUUGCGCCAGAGGUUUCCUAUCCUCUUUAGACGCAGCUUGGGCUAUCAGAAGUUGGGCUUUGGGCAAUUAUUCGCCGUUGGAAGUGAUGGCCGAACGAGAAUCGAUUUAUAGAUUGUUGGCCCAAACUACGCCUGACAAUUUGAACAAAGAUUGGAAAUCCUACACUUUGGAUCCGAGUACAAGAUAUCCGAAUUUGAACAAGGGCGUCGUUUUGCCGAAUCAAGUUAUUUGCCUUUACGAUACGGACAAUCCGGCCGGUAUCGAUAAAAUGAAACGCGCCUCCAGCGAUAAACCGGCGGAAAUACCGAAAAAAAGAAGAAGAGGCAUCGUCGAUAACGAAGUCUUGCUCAAUUGGUUGACCGAACAACUGAAAGAUACCGAAGAUGUGAACACCAACGAUUUGGAAACGAUUUUCAGAGACGGCAAAGUUUUAUGUGCAAUAAUACAUCAUUACAGACCGGAUCUAAUAGAUUUCGGUGGAAUUGCGAACAACGAUCCAGCGAAGAAUAAUCAGAUAGCCAUAGAUGUCCUCGAAAAGGAACUGGGUGUACCACCUGUGAUGACUGGUGCUGAACUAACCGUGACCGAAGAUUAUUUAACCAUGGCCAGUUACCUUACUGAAGUAUACGAUUGCUUUAGGGGUGAAAUACCACACGUUAAACACCCCAAAUUAGAGUUACCCGUUGAAACGAACAAAAAAAGCGAAUUAUCCUUCAAAACGAUAAAAACUUCGAUCGCACCGGUGACUAUACUUCCUAACAGACCUUCCAGCAGGCACAAGCACAAACAUGCGGAUCAGCCUACUCAGAAGGCGAACAGUAUCGAUAGGAAACCGAGAAAACGAAGAACUUUGGAAAAAGUCGGCGCCAAUGUGGAAGAACGACAGAAGAUGCUGGAAGAAAUAGCCGCCAAUCGAAUGGAACGACAACAUAAAAGACGCAUACAAAGAAAAUUACAAACCGAACAGUUUCUAAAAAGUAUGCAGAUGCUUCGGGCCAACGCUAAACCGGAUUCACAACCGUUUGAAGAUUAUUCGAUAUUUUUGUAUAGGCAAACGGCGCCCAAGUUCCAAGACCGAGUCAAAGAUUUAGAAAAACAAUUCACAUACGUCCCAGAUCACGAAAAUAAACCGAGCCAAUUAUCGUCGCGCAGCGGCGGCAAAGACGAAGACAUCGCAGCUAAAAUAAAAAAUUUGGAAAGCAAAUGGCGACAACCGCAACCGGUGGAAAAGAAACCCAAAGAUUUAUUAAGGGCCAUAGGUAAAAUCGAAACGUCGGAUUGGAAUAUCAAAGAAAUCGAAAAGAAAAUCAUGGAAAACAAAAUGGGCAAACCGUCUAAAGCCAUCGACAAAGAAAAAGUACCGAAAUGGAGCAAGGAACAGUUUUUGGCUAGACAGACCAAAAUGGAAAAGAAACAUUUGGACAGACAGAAUAGCGAAGAAGCGAAAUUCGCCGACAUAGAUAGGAGUAUAAGAAAUUUGGAUCAGAAAUUGAAAGAAGGAACCGUAAGAGAAUUAGGACAAAAAAAAGUCGCUACGAUCGCCGAAAAAUUGGUUAAAAAUAUACCGGCGGAAUCUAAACCUCCCGAAAGAACGAAUCGACAGUUGAUUUUGCCGACACAGAACGCGUCGCAAUUUUGUCAUUUUUGCAACAAACGCGUUUAUCUAAUGGAACGUUUAUCGGCCGAAGGGAAAUUUUUCCACCACGGAUGUUUCAAAUGUCAAUAUUGUCAUGUGCAAUUACGUCUCGGAUCGUACACGUUUGAUCGCGACGGUUUAUACGGAUACAGAUUUUUCUGUUUACAACAUUUCGGUAUGAUGGGAGAAAUACCGACUGCAAGGGUAACUAGGAAACCUUCGACGAAACGUACGGAAAGAUCUAGUCCGGAUAAAAAAUCGCUGUCCGGUAUUGCGGGAGUCGAUCUAUUAGAUAAAGUUCAAACCCCAGAACGAAUUGAAUUUUCUAAUUUAUCUUCCGGACACGUUUCUUCGGAUCAAGAAGAUUCCCUCAAUCAGAUAGACGAAGACGAAUGGACGGAUAAAAACUUCGGUGCUUCUUGUGCCGAAUUAGAUGACACCGAAGAUGAUUCUUCGAGCAUAAGUGAUACCGACAGUGACGACGAGGCAUACGACGACGCUUUAGAACAACCUCCGACGAAAGAAGGAACAUUGAGAUGGGCGGAAAGAUGGAAGAACAGUUAUAGAAGAAGAAGACAUUCGGAAUCGGACGAAUACAGUAGUAGCGAUCAAUCCAGUUAUUAUGACAGCUCAGAUGGUGACGAAUCCGAAACGGCAACAGAGGGAGAAGAAGAAAUCCGCGCUAGAGAAUUGCGAAAAAAAGAAGUUUGCGUCGAACCGCCCAUCGUCCAUACCGACACCGGCACGGAUACAGAGAUUGUAUCGGAUGAAAGUAGUUCCGAAACGUCGAGCGAAAUUCAAAAUUCGGCAACGGAAAUAUCGACGGAUUCCGAAUUCGCCCAAGACGAGCCGACUCCGACGAGGGAAUUACCUUCGAUCCUUCUCAACGAUUUCCACGUAAACAAAACGAGGGGCGGCGGCAACCUACCGAAAAAGAUCCAGGUGACCAGUCGUUAUCUACAAAAACCUAGUGACGGCGGAAAAGCGAAAAAAUCGAAUAUCGAAUUGAAAUUAUCACCUUUGGUACCACCUCCCGCACAACCGGUAAAAAAACCAGCACCAGUAUCUUUGUCACGACCGGAAGGUUACAGUUUGAAUCGCACACAAAGCACCGGUGGUAUAGCGGCUAAGGUAUCGCUCGAAUUAAAAAAAAAAUAUUUAUUGGGCGAGACGAGUCCCGGUAGCAUCCAAAAAUCUGGUAGCGCCUCCACUUUAGACACUAAAUUCAAAAGCUUCCACACUAACAUUACAGAUUGUCAAAAGAUGUUGAAACCCUCGCCGGAAAUAAGCGCCGGCAUGCAAACUUUCUGCAAAAAAUUGAACGAACUCAAAUCGCCGGUUCUGUCUCCGCAACCUUCGAUCAUAUUCACCAAAGAAUUAGAUAACGAAGAAAAAAAAGAAGAAGAAGAAGAAGAAGCAGAAGAAUUAAAAGCAGAAAUAGAAGAACCGGUGUUCGAAAACGUGUCCGAAGGUCGACCGAGAAGUCCGCUUCACGAAACGUCCAUAAUAGUCCCGCAAAUCGAUUGGGGCAAACAAAACAACAGUUUAACAUCGGACAGUUUAGUUUCGUCGGAUAGCGAAAAAGAAGAACCGUCGCCAAAAUCGAAAUUAUUCCAAAAUAUACCGAGAGUUGAGGUGCAUACCGUCGCCGAUGACGAAGAAAUCGUCCCAGAUUCCUUAGUAUGCAUUAAUCCGUCCUUAGAAUCGACGAAAUCGAUUAUUAACGAUAAAAAAACUUUGAAUCAACCGAAAAUUUUACCGAAUUUGGAAAAUUUAUUACCGGAAAUACACAAUUCCUUGCAUAUUAAAUAUAAGAGCGUCGAAAAAGAAACGCCGGAAAUUGCUGUCAAUUCUAGCGGAUUUAGUUCGCCGGAAUCCGUAGCCGAACAAUUAACGACAGCUCUAACGGAAACGGAAUUAUCGGAUUGGGCGCGAGACGAAGUAGUUUCCGACGAUUUCGAAGACGGCGAAUUCGAAAUACACAUCAAAUACACCGACGAUUCGAAAUCGGCCAAAAAAGCGGAUCUAUUCGAAUUCGACGAUUCGAUAUCUUCGAAAAAGGAAAUUGGAAACGUAACCGAAACCAAAAAUAACAUUCUAAGCGUUAAUUUAGACCAAAUCGAAUUUAUGGAUACCGGUACGGAAACUAGUACCGAAGACGGCGUCGCAAACAAUCGAAACGGUUACGUUUUAUUUAAAAACGAAGAAGAUUUCGCCGAAGAUAGUCUAAAUCCCAAUAUAAACGAUAUAGUCGAAGCUAUUAACAACGUUAAAAUAGAAGAAAACGCAAAGCAAUCGGAAACGGAAACGGAACCGAUAAAAAGUAUCAAUAACGAAAUAGAAGAAGAUAACAGCGUUCAAAUAAUCGAAUCCGGUACUACAACCGAAGAAAACACUUUUACCGAAUCGACCGUUAAAAAUAAAUUAAUCGAAGAAAAUAUCGAUAAUAACGUAGAAUUUCACGAACAUUGUCAACGGCUGCAAUCGAAAAUCGAAUUUUCCAACGUCAAAGAUUCCAUUGACGUGAGAAAAAGCAGAAGGAAAAGUAAAAGUGACGUUCUACAAAAACCCGAUCUCAUCACCGAAGAAAUACAAAUAACGACACCGUCCCCUAAUAAAAUUUCGCUACCCCACACCCCCGAUAUACUAUACAACAAAGAGGUUAUCAAAAAAGAAAGAGACACCAAUCAAAAAUUAAUACAAGAAAUGGUAAUGAACAAGAUGAAAGCGGAAAAUAAAUCGUUGGAAAGAAAAAAAAGAAAUAAAACGUCACCGUUCGAAUUAACGAUAAAAACCGAUAAAAAAAUUACCACCCCCGAUGUAUUAUUAUCGACGAAUUACCCUCUGCAAAAUACCAAAAUCGAAUUUUCAAUACCGAAAAGCCACAAUUCCGAUCAGUUCUUGUUGAGUUCGCCGAUGAAGACCGAUACUACGCCGAAAGCGCCGCCUCGGUAUAACAAAUCAACCGAAGAAGUAAACAGAAAAUUGGAAAAAUUGAAGCAAACCGUCAAAGCGCGCAACAAAGAAAACAAUCAACCGAACAACGUUUCGUUUAGACGAUGCUUCAGUGGUAAUUACGAAUUUUCCGAUCCGGUUUCUAACGAUAAUUCGUUGUCUUCGAGAGCGAAAUCGAUACCGGAUUUUCCUCGGCAAAUAACUACGGUCGAAUCCAUCGAAUCAGAUCCAUCGGAAAGGAUGAAAGUUUACAAAUCCGAUCCGAAUAUAUUGGAAACGAACGUCGCGAAAAGUAAAAAGAAAGGUAAAGAUAGGGAAAGGAGGAAAAGCAUAACGAGGCUGAUCGCGGAUUUUUUUACGAGGAAAAGUCCCAUUUCGAGCGGUUCUAAAGGAUUGUUCGGAAAAUUGUCGCCGAAAUCGAAGGAAACUUCCAAGUCUUGUACGAAUCUGGAUUACAGAAAAGAUCUGGUUAUUCGUGACAUACCUCAAAGGAAAUGUUUAUCAGAGAGUUUCAUCGACAGGAAUACGACACCGCCUCCGGUACCGCCUCUACCAACUAAUUACGUCAGGAAAACUGACGAUAGUUCAGAGGGCGAGGAACACAAAAAGCCAAACCACAGUUCUUGCGAUACCCUGGACUUGACCGGUGUAUCAGCCGGAAGUACGUCUGGCAGAAGAUCGAGCAGAUCGAGACGAAUCAGUCGACAGGCUCAAUUGAAAAGACACCGUAUGGCUCAAGAGAUACAACGAAAACUAGAAGAGACUGAAGUUAAAAUGAAAGAACUGGAAGAUAGAGGGGUAACGGUGGAAAAAGCGUUAAGGGGUGAAAGUAUCGGCGAUACGUCUAAAGACGAAGCCGAAUUGUUGCAAGAAUGGUUCGAUUUGAUGAGGGAUCGUACCGAACUCAGGAGAUACGAACGCGAGCUUACAGUUAGAGCCCAAGAGCUCGAACUCGAAGACAGACAUUCGAGAUUGCAACACGAACUUAGAGAAAGGAUAGAAAACGAUAAACCGAAAACUAAAGAAGACGUCGAAGUCGAGGAGAGUAUCAUCGACGAAAUGAUAAGGAUAGUCGAAAAACGAGAUUCGUUGAUAGCCGAAAUAGAAGAAGACAGAUUAAGAUAUUCAAAUGAAGAUAGGGAUUUUGAAGAACAAAUGCUUGCCAAAGGGUUGAGAUUAACUCCAAUAAAGAAUACGUCAGAUCAUUAAAAAGAAAUUCCAUUUGUUCAAUUAUUUUUUGUUUCCUUUUUUCGGCUAUUAUAAUACCGAUAUAUUUUUAUUUAUUUUUAUAUAUUAAUCUAAAUGUAAGUUAGAGAAAAAGCGAUUAAAGGGUGAUAUUUUUGUAAGAUGUACAAAAGUUGAUGAUUAAGUGAUCAGGUCGAAACGUUAUUAAUAUUUCAAUUAAAAAAUAAUUUUAUAUUAAUAACGUGUUGAUUCCUAAACAUUACAAACUGUCACUGUAUUUAGAUAUUUUCGAAACUUGAUACGUUACAAUCAUAUUUUGGGGGAUUUAUAUAAUCAGUCUAAAUCAGAAGUUCCCAAAUCUUUUUUUUUUUCGUCGUAAAUCACUUUUAACUAAUUUUAGUUGAUAUAUUUACACUGUAUUCCCAAAAAAUCAGAUCUAACUAUGGAAAUUCGAAGACAUUCCUGUUGUAGAGCUUCCAUGGACCCCUGGGAGUGCACCUAGACCACUUUGAGAAUCACUGGUAAGUAAAUGACAAAACUGCCUAAUUUUCCAACCACAGCAUUAGAUAUACUUAUGGAAGGCUCAUCCACUAGUUCAAAUUCCAGGAUUUUCUUAUUAUUGAUCUUUGUUUUGGCUUUUCAAACAUCAUCAAGGUGUUUCUAAAUCAGCGAAUAAGGAAAUCGAAUUACAAGUCAGCAGUUGAAUGGAUCCCUUAUAUCCAGGUAUCCAAAGCAGCCUUACCGGUCGUUUGUAAACCAGCUCAUAGAGUGCCUUGUAGCCAGAAUCAGCUUUGAUACAGUGAUCGUACUAAUCCAGAAUCAUUAAUGUACGAAGACUGUAUAUAUAGCUCGAAGUAGCUUUUCAAAAUACACCUAGGAGAUGUUAAAACUACAAAUUUGAGUCAAGAUUCACUCAAUUGAACUCCUAGAUUAAGUCGAUUUGAAGUAACUAGUGAGGUUAGUAUAUUUUUAUGAGAAACUAGUAACGAAAAGAAAUUCAUAAGAUUUUGAAGAUUAUUUUUAGUUUAGAGCGAUUGAAGAGGAAAUAUAUUUGAUUUUUUGGUAUUUUCAUUCAUUGAAAACCAAAAUUUUAAUCAGAAUUUGCUGUUUGUAACUUUAAUGUUUAUAUAAAUCAUUUUUACCUAAUUCGAUAUAAGUUACUUUGGAUUCUAUUGCUUUCCAAAUACUAUAAUAGCAAUGUUCCAAUAGAAAAUCUUUUGCUACAAUUCCUUUAAAUCUAUAAAAUGAUUUAAUUCUCCGAAAUAUAAUUGUAUCUUAUAAUUUAUUAAUUAUUAUCGAUUUCUUGUAUUAUCUUUUUCAAAGUAAAACCAAAUUUAUUAUUCUAUUCUUUUAUAAUAUAAUAUAAUUUCAUAACAAUUAGUUAACAGUGAAUUUUAAUAUGUGAUAUAAUGUAAGAAUUGAGAAAAAUUUUAAGCCUUAAUAAUUUUUUCACGUAUUAAUGAAUCACACUAUAUAUUAUUAGUAUUUUCAUUUUAAAUAUCCGAAAGCUUUGAAAUAAACAAUGUUUUCAAUAUUCUAUGGAAAAUUUGAUAAAUAAAUUUGAAUUUUAAUCGAUUUUUAAGAAUUUAACCAAUAAUCACUUACCUUAAAAAAAUAUCAAUUUGUUUUCUUAAUUUUCAGUGCAUUUGAUAUUUCUAUGAAUUUAAUUACAUGUACGAACGAAUAAAAUACGAAAAUACAUUAAAAUUCGCGAUUAAUUAACAAUUUUCUAUAAAUAUUCACACAACUCGAUGUAAUGGUGGAUAAUAACAUUUGACUAUAGGUUAGAUUUCAUAAAAAGAACAUUUGAACGCCACAGCACUCUCCGCAAUCACGUAUACGAGAGUCGAGUGCGUUUUGAAACCAACAUUUACGUCUACACUUAGAGUGGAACAUAGAAUUGUGAUUUGAAUCUUCAUUGUUUUAACAUUAAUAUUAAUGACUAAUUUUAAAUUGCGCGGUUAACUAGAUUUUGUGGUGCCAUCUUGCGGUGAGUAGAUGUAGUUUGAAAAUUCAAAUUUAUCGUAUCAAAUUUUCGUAUUUUAUUGAAUAAAAAAUAAUCAUCACUUGAUGAAAUUAUAUCUAUUAACUCAAUUUUUUUAUUAGUCAUGUGCUGUUUAAGAAUAUUUUAAUCGUAAAGAGGUGUUUGAAAAUUAAGGUCACUUUAUUUCGAUUUACAAACCUGAAAAAGUCACCCGAGAUGGAAUCUGGUGAGAAUGGUGAUUAUUACAACAAAAAGUAUAGUAGAAAUGAGUAUAUGUACGUUAUCUUAUAGAAAAAUGUAUAUAAUAUAUACCAACAUAACCAAAAAAUAAUAACCUAAUUAUCCCGCGAAAUUUGAAAAGUUACCUUACGUUUUUAAACACAACACGUUUUUUUUUUGUUUCAAUUAGUACGAUGUAUUAGAAAAUUAUAAAAUCACGACGUGCCGAAUCUGCCUAUUAUUAGGAUCACUUAGAAUAGGAAAUAUUCAACCAAAAAACGGAUCGUACUUUUUGGAACAUCUGUAUAUUUUCAAUUUUGCUUAUACAUCAAAUAAUUUAGAAAAAAAAUUAUUUGAAUCAUGCAUAAAUUCCAUUGAAAUAGAUUUUUCGUCAAUUUUUUCGAUAUAUAUAUUUUUGAGAAACCCUGUAAGUUAAUAAAACACGAAAUGUCAAAUGAAAUCAAACAUAAAAAUUCUUAACGUCAUAUGUCAUCGAGGAAUCACUCAUAAGUCAUUUUUUAGAAACUGUCUUUAUAAAUAUAAAACGAGGUAAUGAUAAUGACGUCAUAAAUUAAAUUAACACGUUUGCCAACGCUUUUAUGUCAUACGUCGACGCCAUAUUGAAAAAAUUGCGUUUAUAAUAAUAGGUCGUUUCCGGAGAAUAGCAAUAGAUGGCGGUACAAUAUUUAUGAUGAUAAAUCUAUUUCAAUUAAUUAUAUUGUGAUUGGUUUUUAAAUUAGUGUAAUUGAAGUACACACUUUUUUUCUUUAUCGUAUAACAAACCUAGUCUUUAUUGUAAUAUUUUUUAUUUGCAUGUGAUUUAAAAAUAUGCAUUUUUGCAUGAGGAAUUGUAUAGAUAUGUACAGAUAUAUAAUUUUGUGAAUGCAUUUUAUGUGUGUAUUAUUAUAUAUUAAAAAGCUUUUUUUUAUUGAA